AUGGCACAACAGUCAAAUUUCGACUUCAAAUUCAGCCAAUGUUUUGGAGAUAAGGCCGAUAUCGUGGUCACGGAAGCCGAUAUCAUCACAGCGGCAGAAUUUGAUCAUACAGGUAGUUUUUUGGCGACUGGGGAUCGUGGAGGAAGGGUCGUCCUUUUUGAAAGAAAUAACAGCAAGCACUGUGAAUAUAAAUUCCUCACAGAGUUUCAAAGUCACGAUGCUGAGUUUGACUACCUGAAAUCCCUAGAAAUAGAGGAGAAAAUUAAUCAGAUCAAGUGGUGUCAACCAACGAAUCAAUCUCACUUUUUAUUGAGCACGAAUGAUAAAACCAUCAAACUGUGGAAGAUAUAUGAGAAAAAUAUCAAGCUAGUGAGUGAAAAUAAUUUGUCUGAGGGCGUUUUCAAUCAGCGCAAUAGUGCUGGUGAUACUGGACCAGCUAAGUCAAUACUAUCUUUGCAAGGUUUGAAAUUACCACGACUAUCAUUGCAUGACAAGAUUAUAGCGGCGACACCGAAAAGAAUCUAUUCCAAUGCGCAUACGUACCAUAUAAAUUCCAUAUCGGUUAACUCCGACCAAGAAACCUUCAUCAGCGCAGAUGACUUAAGAAUCAACCUUUGGAAUCUGGAUAUACCCGAUCAGAGUUUUAAUAUAGUCGAUAUUAAACCUGCUAAUAUGGAGGAACUAACAGAGGUGAUAACGAGUGCAGAGUUUCAUCCUUCUCACUGCAAUUUAUUGAUGUACUCAAGCUCGAAAGGAACUAUCAAGUUGGCAGAUAUGAGACAGAAUGCCUUAUGUGACUUCCGUGCAAAAACAUUUGAAGAAUAUAUGGACCCAAUCCAUCACAAUUUUUUUACAGAAAUAACUUCAUCAAUAUCAGAUGUAAAAUUCAGUCCCGACGGUCGUUACAUUGCUGCUAGGGAUUACUUAACAGUGAAAAUAUGGGACGUUAAUAUGGAUAGUAAACCAAUAAAGACUAUAAAUGUGCACGACCAAUUGAAGGAGCGUUUAAGUGAUGCGUAUGAAAAUGACUCUAUAUUUGAUAAAUUUGAAGUGUGUUUCAGCGGUGAUAGUUCUAGUAUAAUGACUGGUUCUUAUAAUAACAAUUUCAUGCUAUAUCCAAAUGCCGUAAAAACCGGUAAUUACGAAGUUCCCCAAGGAUUGGACGAAAUUGUUCUCCAGGCAGAUAAGUCAGCAUUCAAGACAAAAAGAUUAGGUUCCAUCCAACAACAGAGCACAAGGAAUAGGGAAUGGGGUGAUGAUAUCGAUUUUAAAAAAAGUAUAUUACAUUUUUCAUGGCAUCCAAGGGAAAGUAGCGUAGCUAUCGCGGCAACGAAUAACUUAUUCAUCUUCUCUGCAUUAUGA